AUGCAACAGGUAUCACCUUUCCUCUCCUCCGGAUGGAGAUGGAUUCCGAAUAUCGGCCUAUUCAGCAGGCGAAACAGCCUCUGGCAUGACACACUCCUGGCCAGAGGCAACAUCGUGAAAAAAUUGAGUCCUUGCAUUGGCCAUCAUCCCAAAGACGCCUUCAAAUCCGCCGUGCGAGUGGAUGCGCGUCCUAGCAGUACCGGCAGGCGGGGGACGCUACGAGCAAAAAACCAUCCAAUAGCCACACUGGACCACCAGGCGGUUCCGGCCUUUUUUUCACCAAUACGAGCUGAACCUCCGCGAGAUCCGCCAAGGCGAGAAAGAGGCAUGUUCCUUGAAAGCAUAGUGAGACUUAACUCUGGGCAGAGGGCAUUACUAUCACAGGUCCGACAGCAAGCCCAGAUAAGGGAACGCAGGUUCACAGAUACCUCCAAGGGUGGUACUGCUGUUGUGCAGAGAACGGAGUAUGGAGUACGAGAUUACGAAAUUAAUGCAGUUUAG